CCUUGGAUCAUCAAAUUUAAUCUAAAAUCCAUUAAUUGAAUGGCCAAAGCAACCGCAGCUGUAUGAUUGAUAGAUAUUCAAAUGUAUCUAUUCGUGUCUUAACGGGUAGGUACGCAGAUACAUCCACGGUGACAUAUAUCUUAUUUUCUAAUGCAAAAUUUUGAGAUAUCCCAAGACAAGAAAUGAAUCAUGCAAGUAUCCCAAAUCCCAAUGCAGCUACAAUGCAGAGCAAGACGAGUAAUAAUUAACCCAUAACUCAUCACCACCAACUCCCCAGCCAAGCGAUACCCCUACACACGCUCUCUCUCUCUCUCUCUCUCUCUCUCUCCCCCCGCAAACCCCACACUCCUCAGACCCAGUAGCAAACAAACCAAACAAUGCCGGGCUUCAAUCGGCAACAUUCUUCAAGAUCCACCGUCAUCAGAAGAACCCAAUCCAAUAGCAGCCCAGACCCAUCGUUCAUCUUCUUCAGAAAUCACACCGCCGCUCUCGACCGCUGCUCCUCCGUCUCCGACGGCGAUGCGCUCUUCUCCAUCUUGAAUUUGGCUGCAAGCCCAGAUCCAGAUCCACAGAGAGCAACUUGUCUUCACGAGGAUAGCAACAAUCCACCGUCAUCAUCAACAGCAUCCUAUAAAGCUAAAGAAUUUGAGCAAGAGGAGGAGGGAGAGGAAGAAACUCUUGACCCAUCAAAGCAUUCCUUUUCUCAUGCCGUAAUAGGUAAACAAUUUGUACUAAAUUUCGCUGCGUUGUUGGAAUUUGAAUCCAAAAUUGGAUCUUUUUUGUGUCAAGAGUGCAAGAACAGGAGGUUUAGAUCUGAGUCCCACUCGUUCCCCAAGCGAAAACCCCGAGACCACCGACCAACCUCCCUCGAUUUCAAUGGACAUAAUGCCGAUGUCUCCAUCAUCUCCCCUCGGUUCCUUAUGAGCAGCUUGAGCACCAUGAAGAGCCCUGGGACCCCCAAUUACCGAUACCCGAAGGGAUGGAGCUCGGAGCGGGUCCCACCGCCUUCAAUCUCGAGCAGGAGGUACAUGCCCUUCAAUAAUGGGAGACCCAUUCCCUCGAAAUGGGAGGAUGCUGAGAAAUGGAUAUUUAGCCCGGUCGGAAGUGAGAAUGCUGGCCGGAGCUCGGUCCCUCCGCCGCAUCACCGCCGGCCAAGUCGAAGAGCGGGCCCUCGGCCUCCGGCUUAACUCUGACGU